CGCAGAAUCGUCUCUCAUUUCAUUUUACAAGAGUGAGUUGUGUAUGUAUGUACACACAAAGUUAGGUUAAAUAUUCUUAGCAGCAUACCUGUCGUGACUUUUUCCGUUGCUUAUCUCUCAUUCAGCUUAUUUUAAUCACCACUAUUAUGUCUAACUGUUUGACGUCCUCUUCCCAUGAUCUGACAAGUUCAAAUAAGAACGCUAUUGUAUUGAGUUAUCAUGACUAUUUACUCAGAUCAUCGGACGUAGCACUAUUAAAGAGCAAUGACUGGCUCAAUGACGUCCUGAUAGGAUUUUAUUUUGAAUAUUUAAAUCAGCAGCAUAAAACGGAUGAAAAUAAGCAGAUAUUAUUUAUUGGUCCUGAAGUGGCUCAGUUACUGAAGAUGAUGCAGGAUUCUACACAAUUUAACAUAUUUCUUGAUCCCAUUGGAGCAGCAAGUUACAAUUUUAUAUUCUUCCCUAUAAACGACUGUGAUAACUACGAGGCAGGCGGCUCACACUGGAGCUUAUUAGUAUACUGUGCUAUAGAAAAAAUGUGCUAUCACUUUGAUUCCUCAAGAGGUAUUAACAGCUGUGCUGCGGAAAAAUUAGCGCAGAAUAUAAUAAAAUAUUUCUCUGGGAAACAGGAGAAAAAAUAUAUUGAAAAGGCAUGCCCACAACAAAAUAAUGCUUAUGAUUGUGGUUUAUUUGUGUUAUGUCUAGCAGACGUAAUAUCUAGAUAUGUUCUACAAACGUCCAAAAUAGAUAGUUGUAAUUUUAAUGAAGUUACUAAAAUGGUCUCGCAGAAACGCUCUGAUUUAUUGAAAUUAAUCCGCGAUUUAAAAGAUACAUUUAAUACAACAUAAAACAUAUGAAACAUGUCUUCUGCAUAUAACUUACAAAAGUAUUGUGUACUCCUAUGAAUGCUACAAUGUAAUUAGUACAAAAUGUAACAUUUACUAUUUUAUUUUUUAUACGUAUUUACCAUAAUAAAAUGGAUUUUCUUAUUUGCUAUUCGUUCAUUUUUUCGUUUAUUCAUCUUUGUUCGUUUCUAGUCAUAUAUGGAAAACAAACUAGACUUUAUGUAAAAAUGUAUUUAUAAUUUAUAAUGUAGUAUACAAAUAUACUUUCUACAUGAGAUGAUGCGUGCGAAGAAAAUGUCUCUAAAUUUAUAAAGAUUAGAAAAAUUGCGUUAAUUUAAGAUAUUUAAUUCUUAAUUAAAAACAUUCUUACAAACGACUGUAGUGUGAUGCAUGAAUUACCAUAUCUCGUGUAAUAUCCUUUACGGAGGCGCAACCUAAAUAAAAAAUACACAAGUUAAAAAGGGUUUAUAAUACGGAUAAGGUACAAAUUAAUGUUACAAAGUAACUUGCCAGUUAAUGCGAAUGCUACAUCAAUUUCUUUUUUUAUAAGUUCAAGAAUUUUGCUGGCUCCUUUUUCGCCAUCAUGUGCCAAACCCCAUAGCAUUGGUCUGCCAAUAAAUACCUGAAAAAAAUGCGUAUUAAUUAGUUAAUGGGCAAUAGCGAUAGGCGAUAGCGAUAGCGAUAGAAAAAUAAUAGAGGCAAUAGUAUAAAGCAAUAGCGCGAUAGCGAUAGCACAGCAAUAGAAAUAGAGAAUUCCAACAUUAGAAAAUGCAUAUGCAGAAUGGAAAACGGAACAGGCAAUAGCGACAAAAUUUCCGAAUUUUGCCUAUCGCUAUCUCCUAUUAUGUAAAAGCCUUAAAAUGUGUAACUAAUCAUUUUAUACAAUCAGGAGAAAAUAUUCAAAGAAUCUACAGAUAAGACCGUUCAAAGAUGUAUAUGUAUUUAUUUCAAUAAAUUACCAUUUUUGCGCCGA